AUGGCUUCUGCUAUUAGAAACAAAAAAGGACUCAUAAUCGGGGCCUCGUAUACAAAUGACGAAGUGAGAAGGCCAAUACAAACAAGAGUUGUUGUAGAAAAAGUUGAAAGCUUACCAGGAUCAAUUGCUGGAGCUGGCAGUGGAGACUUUCAUCAGUAUCGAAAUUUAAGAAGAAGAGAAGAAGCAAGGCAAGAUUUAUUAGAGGUUAACCAUAGAGAACAAAAAAUUGCUGAAGAAUUCCAAGCAUUAAGAGAGUAUCAUAGAAAAACAGUUGAAGAAAAAGCAAAGAAAAAGGCUAUGAAAAGGAAAAAGAAAAAAGAAAGGAAGCAAUUGAAAAUUCAGGAAUUGAAAUUGAAACAAAAAGGAAAAACAAACGAAAAAACUGAAAAUGAAUGAGAAGAGAAAGGACAAGCUAUUAAACAGAGGAAAAUUGAAGAAUCUGAUAAUAUAAUCUAA